GGACCAAUGAGAAGAGGCUGACGUGUCCGCGCGAGCAACGACAAGACCAGGGGACGGGUGGGCGCGAGGUCAGAGGGUAGAGCUGAACGAAGAUGGCGCCUGUCUCGGAGAGGCUGCGGUGGUUGUUUCUAGCAUGGAUUAUAUCCAUGUGCAUCACGACCACACAGUGUGUGGACAGAAGCAACUUCAAGACCUGCAACCAGAGUGCGUUCUGCAAACGCCAGAGGAGCGUGACUCCGGGAAACUCUCCCUACAGAGCUCUGCUCGACACCCUGGAGCUGAAUGAAAACAGCAUGAAACUGCAGCUCCUGAACAAGGUGAAUAAGGUUCCUCUGCUCCUCGAGGUGUCCGGGCUGGAGGGGAACAUGGUCCGGCUCCGAAUCAACGAGCUCAAACCGCUGAAGCCCCGAUAUGAGGUUCCGGACGUCCUCGUCAAAGAGCCGCGCACCGUCCCCCUGGCGGUGGUGUCCCGGGACGAGGGCAGUGUGGAGGUGUCUCUCAGCAGCCCGGAUCACCGGCUGGUCCUGACAGCCGAGCCCUUCCGUCUGGACGUGCUGGCGGGGAGGGAGCUGAUCCUGAGCGUCAACUCCCGCGGGCUGCUGGUCUUCGAGCAUCUGAGGCAACGCAAGGACACUUUCACGGCUAAAGUUAGUAGCGCAGUGGGUAGCAUGUGGGACACAAUCAGGAACGUGUUCUCUAGCGCGAGCAAAAAAGAAGAGUCCUCGGAAGAGGGAGAGGAGAAGGCAGACGAUACCGACCCCACAGCAGAGCAAACGGACGACAACAAGGCAGAGGAUGGAGAGGCUGAGAAAGUGAAGGAGGAGGAGGAGAAUGAAGAAGGGAUGUGGGAGGAGACAUUCAAGACGCACACGGACAGCAAGCCCAACGGUCCCACCUCCAUCAGUCUGGAUUUCUCGCUGCCUGGAGUUGAGAACGUCUACGGGAUCCCCGAACAUGCAGACUCCCUCAAACUCAAGACCACAGACAGCGGGGAUCCGUACCGACUCUUCAAUCUGGAUGUGUUUCAGUAUGAGCUCCACAACCCCAUGGCUCUGUAUGGGGCCGUGCCUCUCCUGCUGGCCCACAGCCCUCGCCGCACCCUGGGCAUCUUCUGGCUGAACGCAGCCGAGACCUGGGUGGAUAUCAGCUCCAAUACAGCUGGCAAGACGGUGCUGGGUAAGGUGCUGGAUUACGUGCAGGGCUCCAGCGAGGAGCCGCAGACAGACGUGCGCUGGAUCUCGGAGAGCGGGAUCAUCGACGCCUUCAUUCUGCUGGGACCCAGACCCACCGACAUCUUCCACCAGUACGCCUCCCUCACAGGCACGCAGGCGUUCCCGCCCCUCUUCUCUCUGGCCUAUCACCAGUGCCGCUGGAACUACAACGACGAGGAGGACGUCCGCUCGGUGGACUCCGGGUUCGACCUGCACGACAUCCCCUGCGACGUGAUCUGGCUGGACAUCGAGCACACAGACGGCAAGCGAUACUUCACCUGGGACCCCAACAAGUUCCCCUCGCCCCGGGACAUGCUGCAGGGGCUGCAGGCCAAGAAACGCAAGAUGGUCACUAUCGUGGACCCCCACAUCAAGGUGGACAGCGACUACAAAAUCCACAAGGAAGUCCGCUCCCACGGCUACUACACCAAGACCAAAGACGGCAGCGACUACGAGGGCUGGUGCUGGCCAGGGACCGCAGGGUACCCCGACUUCACGGACCCCGAGAUGCGCUCCUGGUGGGCCAGCAUGUUCUCCUACGAUCAGUACGAGGGCUCGACGGAGAACCUCUACAUCUGGAACGACAUGAACGAACCGUCCGUGUUCAACGGGCCGGAGGUGACCAUGCACAAAGACGCCGUGCACAAGGGGGGCUGGGAGAACCGAGACCUGCACAACCUCUACGGCUUCUACGUGCAAAUGGCCACCGCGGAAGGGCAGGUUCAUCGGUCUGGAGGCACGGAGCGUCCCUUCGUGUUGACCAGAGCGUUUUUUGCGGGGUCGCAGCGAUACGGCGCGGUGUGGACAGGAGACAACGCAGCGGAGUGGGACCAUCUGCGGAUCUCCAUCCCGAUGUGCCUGAGCCUGGGUCUGGCUGGGAUCUCCUUCACUGGGGCGGACGUGGGUGGUUUCUUCAAGUCCCCCGACGCGUCGCUCCUGGUCCGCUGGUUCCAGACCGGCGCCUACCAGCCUUUCUUCCGCAGCCACGCCCACCUGGACACGCCCCGGCGCGAGCCCUGGCUGUUCGGGGACGAGAACACCCGGCUGAUCCGCGAGGCCGUGCGCCAGAGAUACGCGCUGCUUCCCUUCUGGUAUACCCUGUUCUACCAGGCCUACCGCACCGGGGAGCCCGUCAUGAGACCCCUCUGGGUGGAGUACCCAACGGACGUCUCCACGUUUGCCAUCGAUGACGAGUACAUGCUGGGGGGAGCGUUGCUGGUGCAUCCAGUCACUGAGGAGGGAGCCAGGGGGGUCACAGCCUACCUGCCUGGGAAAGGAGAGGUCUGGUACGAUGUCCACACUUACCAGAAGCACACUGCUCCCCAGAAUCUCUACAUCCCAGUCACCAUGAGCUCAAUCCCUGUGUUCCAGCGUGGCGGCACAAUUAUCCCACGCAAGGAUCGAGUCCGCCGCUCCUCCGAGUGCAUGGCAGGAGACCCCUACACUCUCUACGUGGCUCUGAGCCCGCAGAACGCUGCCAGCGGGGAGCUGUUUGUGGACGACGGACACACGUUCAGCUUCAAGACCAAGAAUCAAUACAUCCACCGCAAGUUCACCUUCGCAAACAACUCCCUGACUUCCAGCAACGCAGACCCCAGGGGUGAGUUCACAAGUGCAGCCUGGAUUGAGCGUGUGGUGAUCAUGGGGGCACAGAGACCCAGCGGCGUGCAGCUCCAGGGACCAGAGGGCAGCCAGACGGAUCUGGAGUUUGAGUUCGACUCGGAGACGUCUGUGUUAACCCUUCGCAAGCCGGCGGUCAGCGUGGGCUCGGACUGGAGCCUGGUCCUGCGGUAAUGAAGCCCCUCCCCUCUCCGCUGUGGCUGGGCGGGGCGCUGACCGAGGGGAGGAGUCUGGGGAGCAACGAGCAGGGAGGAGGAGGAGGAGGAGGAGGAAAGCCUGAGCACAUCCGCUUGAGCGCUGGAACAAAUCAGAACUGAGAGAGAGAAACUAAACUAUGAUAAUAAUAAUAAUAACCAAAAUAAAAACUGGCAAUCCUGAGGCAGGUGCUUUUUAAUAAAUAAAUUUAAAUAAAUGUAUCAUUGAUCUCCGCUUGCAAAAGGGUUAUUAGUUGACACAGUGGUUAGCCAGCAUUAAUCAAGACUCCUGUUGCACAGCAGUGUGAUCCAGUCCUGGUUUCACUGGGAGUUUAAUAAUCAGACACACCUGAGCUUGUUAGCUAGACACACUGGGGACUGAUCAAGCUGGUAGUGGCGACACUGCUGUGCAAUAGGAGUCUUGUUUCCUGACUCCAGCACUGGGCUGUUUUCCGCGGAGGGGAGGGAACAGGAGCUGCAUGAAAAUCGGGAUGAAUAGUUUGUCAGGAUUUGAAUAUGCACUUCCAGCGACCUUUGAGAGGCAGAGAGAACUCUCUCACAGCAGCUUCUCUCUUCACAAUGAUUUCCAGGUGGCUGUGAAAGACAGAUCUCUCGUUUUCUGAAUGUUUUAAAAUAUUCAGAACGGGGCGGGUUGAGUUUCUAUUGCAGUUCUGAUUUGUGUUCCAGAUGGUUUGGGAUUAGAUUUUUUUUUUUAAGUAACAUUUUGUUUAAAAGAUAAAUAAAUAAAUAAUUGGACGAUAAACCCUGUCGAUGCGUUCUACAGUUGUGUGUUUUAAAAAAUGUCAGAUUUCUUUUUUUUUUUUUACAUCAUGGAUAAAAUUAGUCAGUUUACGUUGUUGCAUAUUAAUGACUGUGAAGCCCAAACGGUUUUUGUUUAUUUUUCCAUCCUUCAUGGCGAUUUGAUUGUUUUUUUCUAACUUAGACCAUUUUGUUUGUUUUUUGUCUUGUCCUGUAAUUUUUACCUGUUCGGAGAGGCAUGUUUCUUCUGUUAUUGUACUCUGGACACUAAUUAGAAACCUUUCUCAGCAUCUUCAGUGUAAAUUCAAUGGCAAACGUUUCCACUAGAAGUCUUUCUCAGCGUCUUCAGUGUAAAUUCAAUGGCAAACGUUUCCACUAGAAGUCUUUCUCAGCAUCUUCAGUGUAAAUUCAAUGGCAAACGUUUCCACUAGAAGUCUCUUUCAGCGUCUUCAGUGUAAAUUCAAUGGCAAACGUUUCCACUAGAAGUCUCUCUGUGUCUUCAGUGUAAAUUCAAUGGCAAACGUUUCCACUAGAAGUCUCUCUGUGUCUUCAGUGUAAAUUCAAUGGCAAGCGUUUCCACUAGAAGUCUCUCUCAGCGUCUUCAGUGUAAAUUCAAUGGCAAACGUUUCCACUAGAAGUCUUUCUCAGCAUCAAUAGAUAUCCCAAAAGAAUUAAAUUCAGUGACAAAUGUGUGUUUUUUUUUUAAUACUUCUAAUAGUAAUGUUUGUUUUUGAAUACAUUUUAUAACUUGUAUUUAACGUGCAGCUGAGGGUUGGUAUCUAGCACUUACAAAAUAUGUUUGUUUCCCCUUCAUGUAAUGUACAUUCCAAUGGUUGCUGUAUUGUGGUUUAUGUGAUAGACCUUCACUGCCCCCUUCUGGCCAAAACAGUCACGCACUCUGAGCUAAAAAAAAACAAGUUUUUAGUGUUUGUUCUUAGGGGUGUCGCAUUGCACUAAUGUCACGAUACCUGCCAUGGUUCUGAUGGUCUGUUUGUAUGAUAAUGACUUUGAAACUCAGUGUCCAGAGUACAUGCCCCCUCUUUUGAAAAAAUGUGUGUCCUGAUUUUAUAAUUGCAAUUUAAAAAAAAAAAAAAACUUGGAAAAGUGUACUGGAUUUAAUUUUUUUUUUUUUGGAUCAAUUUAAAGUCAAAUUUUGGGACCUUUUGAUAAAUAAAGCAAGAGACUAUCCAAUAAAAUGAAACUAAUAAAAUAAAAAAUAAAACAUUAA